UAAAGUAAGGCAUUAGGAAAAGAGGAAGGAAAAGUAUCAAUCAGUGGGAGACUGGAGAGAAAGCCUAUACUGCUUCUCUCUGGUUUCUUGCUCAAUUCGGUAGAGAGAGAGGGAGAGCAUUUCUUCAAUGGCGCACGAUGGUCCCAAGACUGAGAUCUCUUUUGCCGGGAGAUUUGCUAGUAGUGCUUUCGCCGCUUGCGUUGCUGAGAUAUGCACCAUCCCUUUAGACACAGCAAAAGUUAGGCUUCAGUUGCAGAAGAAAGCGGUGGCAGGGGAUGGAGUGGCUGCACCCAAAUACAGAGGCAUGCUUGGUACAGUGACUACCAUUGCCAGGGAAGAGGGUUUAACGGCUCUUUGGAAAGGUAUUGUACCAGGGCUUCAUCGACAAUGCCUAUUUGGAGGUCUUAGAAUUGGGUUAUAUGAGCCGGUUAAGAACUUCUAUGUUGGGAGCGAUUUUGUUGGAGAUGUUCCUUUGACUAAGAAAAUACUAGCUGCACUUACAACAGGUGCUUUAGCGAUAACUGUGGCCAAUCCCACUGAUCUUGUGAAAGUUCGACUUCAAGCUGAAGGAAAGCUACCACCUGGAGUACCAAGGCGUUACUCUGGAGCUUUGAAUGCUUAUUCGACCAUUAUAAGACAGGAAGGACUGGGGGCUCUAUGGACUGGGCUGGGGCCAAAUAUUGCACGGAAUGCUAUAAUAAAUGCUGCUGAACUAGCCAGCUAUGAUCAAGUGAAAGAGACACUUUUGAAGAUUCCAGGGUUUUCAGAUAAUGUUUUUACUCAUCUCCUGGCUGGCCUUGGUGCUGGUUUCUUUGCAGUUUGUAUAGGUUCACCUGUGGAUGUGGUUAAGUCAAGAAUGAUGGGAGACUCAACUUACAAGAGCACAUUGGAUUGUUUCAUUAAGACAUUGAGAAAUGAUGGAAUUUUUGCUUUCUACAAGGGAUUUAUUCCCAACUUUGCGCGACUUGGGACGUGGAAUGUGAUAAUGUUUCUAACACUGGAGCAGACAAAGAAAUUCUUCCUAAGAGAGGUCCCAAGUUGAUGAAUUCUCGAAUUUUGGGGAAUAAAUUGCUGGCUAGAUAUUCUUGGUUUGGACAGCCAUUUCCUCUGAAAGUGGAGCUCAGCGGCAGAUGAAUAAUUUAUUUAUUACCAUACGAGUUAAUGUUCAUGCUUUUGUCAUUAAUCUCCAUUGAUGAACACUUGGAGUCUGACUGGACUGAAAUUUUGUGAAGACCAAUUGAUUCAAAAUGUCAUGCGAUACACUUUUGUACCUGCUUUAACAUACAGAGUCUCAGUUACUGCAAAAUUCACCCCUUCAAAUAAAGCUACUCUUUCUUAUUU